AUGCUAAGUGUUCUCAAAGGAGAGCGUGUCCUUGUUAUAGAUUUUGGAGCAUUAUAUAAAGCAAUUGGUUUAUGGAAUGAUGAGGAGGAGGAUGAUGACAAUUCCAACAUGACAACUAAGUAUUAUUGA